AGGAAGAAGCUCAUGUCUGCAGAGUUGAAGAAGAAGCAGUAUGGACUCGUAUUGAAAAAGAAACCGGACAAGCCUAUUACAAAACCGCAACAAGUCGCCAGCGUUUUUGGUGAUGACGACGACGAGGCCGAAAAGGUUGAUGUUUCGAAUCAGAUUCAAUCCGCAUCUACUCUUCGAGUGCAGAAACAUGCUGAGCGGCUACAGGAGAUGGCAUUAGCUGAAGAUCCCACAAUAUUUGAUUAUGAUGCCAGCUACGACCAAAUACAAGCACUUCGUGAUGAAAAGAUAGCAGAAAGGAAAAAGGCUGACAAGGAGCGGAAGUCCAAAUAUGCUUUGGACAUCAUCAAAGCGCAUAAAAGACGUGAACUGGAGCAGCAAAGUCGAGAAGAGCGGCAGCAGCAAAAGGAAAGAGUCGAAGAAGGUGGCCAGUUUGCUGAUAAAGAGGUAUUUGUGACUGGAGCCUACAGGAAACAGAUGGAGGAAGUGCAAAAAUUCCGAGAGGAAGAAGAGUACGAGAAGAGAUUCAAUGAGCUCACAUCGGUGGAGCACCAGAAAGCUUGGCAAGCUGGUUUUGGACGAACUUUGUUGAACGAGCUUGCCAGAGGGGAACAGAGCAUGAUGCAAAAAGGCGAAUUACACGGUCAAGAUGGUAGUGCUUCAGCGAUAGUCACAACCAAGAAGAAGGCGCGGAAUAUACGUCAAAGACAAAGAGGGAGUUCACAGUCAAGCGACGAGGAGGAAGCGACUACCACAGUUGUUGAAAAAUCUACCGUAAAAGAAAAAAUUGUUAAAGAAAAAAAAUCAAUCUAUUCUGACGAUGAGGAUGACACACAACCUAAAUUCGAGCCACCGAAGAAGAAUUUCCCUGGCGAAUUGAAGCCGGGAUUGAAUAGGGUUGUCAAAGCACAAACAAAAUCGGAGAAACUCAGGGAGCGACAAUUUACUCCUACGCCACCUUCCUCGGAUGAUGAGGGACAUGAUCCUAGAAAGAGAGGCAGAGAUGGUGAUCGACAUCGAGGUGAACGCGGAAGUCACGCCCACCGAACUCGAGAAAAUGGCGAUAGCAAGGAAAAGAAAGAGAAAGAGUCUCUAAAGAAGAAAUUGGAGCCGAAGAAAGACGACAAAGUGCAGCGAUUGAUUCGUUUGAAAGAAAUAUUGAAACAGAGGAAUGGACCUGAGCAGAUAGAGGAGUUUAGGAGGCGGUAUCUGGAGAGAAGAGAAAAUGGCGUUGUUGUACCUCCGCUUUAGUGCCAUGUGAGCAUACUGUAUAAAAAGUCUAUAUCUCGUAUCGUGGUCUCAGGUUUUGUGAUCAUAACUGUCU